AUAUUAUUGGAAUUUUAAGAGGGGGGAAGAAAGAAUAAUAUUGUAGGAUGAGGCAAGAGUCAAGAGGCAAUGGCAAAUGAGGUCAAAAGAGCGAAGGCCCUUGUUUUCAAGGAAAUUGCUUGGAUUCUGCUUUUACCGCACGCUUUUCCACCAUUUUCCCCUCGAAAACUCUCUUAUUAUCAUGUCUUUCUCUUCCCUGAUCAAUCUUCUUUCUCGCUAUCCAAACUCCUUCAUUCUUGUUAACCUAAACAAUUUUCAAUAUUCCUUUCUGCUUCUCUUUUCUUUUCUUUUUUCUCUUCACACCUCAACUAUCGCACAGUUUUCACUGAUAAGUCUCUCUUCUCUCUUCAUCUUCAAGUAAUUGUAAAUAUAUAUGUAUAGUCUUUUUUGGUUGCUUUAAGUGCAUAUCUAUAUCAUCAAUCUGAUCUGUUAUUUUCUUCCCUUUGAAAGAUCUGAUAUUCCUGUUUUGGGAUGCAAACCAAUUUCCUCUUUCACAAAAACUGCUAAACAUGACCAGAAUUAUAAGCUUUGGCUUUAAUAUAUAACUCUUUCGAGGGUUUUACUACAUCGGAAAGCGGUUGUUGAUGAAUUAUAGCUUUGUCAGCUAUAUUUCGGGACUUGUGAUUUUGUGGGUAUGAAGUCAGAGAGAAUUCAAGUUAAAGUGUCCGAGGAUUAGUAACUGAUCUCUAGCUCCUGGAUCCUCUCUUUGAUCACUUGGGAUUACAAAAGAACAAUUCUCCAACUUCAUUUCUUGAAAGCUAAACCAGUGUGAGCUAAUUAGAAGGAAUUAUUGAAUUCUUCGGUGGAUCUUGUUGGUCUCUCUCUCGCUGGACAGAAAAGCUUAAUUUCUUGUGAGAAUCAGAUCGGGUGAGAAGCGAAGAAGAGAAAGCUGGCAAAUAAGUGGUGGGAGAGAGUAGAUGUGGCGAUGGCGGGGUAUGAGCCAGCAGCAACAGGUGCAGGUUCUCGCUAUGUUCAUCAGCUCCUCAGACCUGAGCUACUUCUCCAAAGACUUUCGAUUCCAGCCCAAACAUCCCCGGAUUCUAAAGAAAAUACCUCACCUCAAGCCGAAGACCACAAGCCAGAUGAUACCGACGUCGCCCCCACCAGCUCUGGAAGCAAUCGCCGCCCUCGAGGCCGCCCUCCUGGCUCCAAGAACAAACCCAAGCCCCCGAUUAUCGUAACGCGUGACAGCCCUAAUGCCCUUCGAUCCCAUGUGCUAGAGGUUUCCGCCGGCAGUGACAUCAUGGAGAGCGUAUCCAAUUACGCGAGGAAAAGAGGAAGAGGAGUCUGUGUACUUAGCGGCAACGGGACAGUUGUUAAUGUUACAUUGAAGCAACCAGGGUCUCCUGCGGCUAGUGUAGUGACUUUGCACGGUCGGUUCGAGAUUCUUUCGCUCUCUGGAACGGUGCUUCCUCCACCAGCGCCUCCUGGGGCAGGGGGAUUGUCGAUAUUCUUGUCUGGUGGACAGGGACAGGUUGUUGGAGGAAGCGUGGUAGGACCUUUGUUGGCUUCUGGGCCGGUGGUUUUGAUGGCUGCAUCAUUUGCAAACGCUGUGUUUGAGCGAUUGCCCUUGGAGGAGGAGGAAGGAAACGUUCAAGGUCAGUCCACGGCGUCACAGUCUUCAGGUGUGACAGGAGGUGGUGGGUCUGGGCAGCUGGGAGAUGGUGGAGGACGAGGCAGCGGUAGUGGCAGCGGCAGCGGUAGUGGUUUUUUUAACACGGGAGGGAAUGUGUAUCCAUUUUCCGGUGAUUUGUUUGGAUGGGAUGGGAGUGGUGCAAGGCCAUCAUUUUAAGAGGACAACUUAAUUUUCCAGGGAGCAAAAAUCAAAUAGAAAAGCAUAAUCAGAUUUUGGGAUAUGCAAAGCUAAGCUCCAUCAUUUUGUAUGAUAAACAGAUAUGUAUGGCUGUGAUGGAGAUGUUUCUUCCCAUUAAUUCAUUGAUUGAGAGAAAAUUAAAGAAGGGGCUCUGAAAACUUAAGAGGAUGUUCAUGGAGGCUGCUUUUGGUACUUGUUUUUGCAGCUGGUAACGGUAGGUAGCUAUGGAUUUGCAGACUUGUCUGUGAAGGUUAGUAAGUUCAAUUUCAUGUAUGAAACAAUUAUAUAUAUGGUUUCCCUUUUUCUUUUCCUUCCUAAUAUAUUUUGGUAGUUGUAA